AAAUUUUUGGUUUCGUGUAAACGUAAGGAAUUUCGGAUUUCUUGGGAAAGUGCAUUAGCGAGAGGUUUCUUUGUUUCCAAUCGAUAGCGGAAUGGAAGCGGUCCUGCUUUAGACUCGGUUAACUCGUACUUCAAGUUAUGACUUUUAUUACAACUGUUUUGAUGUUUGCCGCUGCCUUGAUAAAUUUUCCGACACACGCCAACAGUGUAAAGUUGAAAUGGAGUUUUCAUAAACAAUUUCAUUGUUUAGCAUUUAUUUUACAUUUAAUUGACUUAGUGUGUGCUGUUCCAUUUAGCAUUAUCCUUCCCAAUGCAUACUCAGCUCUAGAUGGUGAUCUUUACAUUCAAGUGCUUCAAAAUAAUUCUGCGCUUUCAUCAGAUUCGCGCUAUUUGAAUCUAUUUCGGUUGAACGAUAGCGAAAAGCAUUUCAUAAAACGAAUCAAACUAGCUCCCGACAUUCAACGUCAGAACAUUACACAUAUCACGGUUGGAUGCCAUUAUUUCCUCUACGGAGGAAAGUACCAAGUGCAAAUAGUAGACGAAACUGAUGAUAUCAACAGUACUCAGGAAUUGAACUCAUUUAAAAAUUUCGAAGUGGCGUGGCCCGCCCUUAAGAUGAAUAUAAGCUCGAAUCUCACUCCCACCUACCCAGAUGAACCCGUGCAGGUGGAGUUAACGUUCGCCGCGGGCAAGUGCCGAAGAAGGAACUUUGCGAAGGCUGACAGGCCUGAAUAUUGGUUGGAAGUUCUAUACUGCGGGCAGGACUCCACAUGCAGUACAAACAAGACGAACACCCACAUGCUGUAUACAGAACAGGUGAAGCAUUUUCAAAGUAAAAACCUCUUCAAUUUGAGCUGUGAUCUGUUUGGCUUCGCGGGCCAAUACGCAAUACAACUUAGACCAAUCUCACCCCUUAAGACAAUACUGGCGCAAACUUUCGUCCAUGCCGAUUGGAAUGACAAAUUUGUGUUUAACGUUCGUGAAAGGAGCGUAUUCCCAUGCGACCCCCACAUCGGCAUAGGGGUACUUUUCGAAUAUCCCUCGUGUAUUGAAAACCAAAUUAGAGACAGGAUACGCAUUUUUGGACGGCUACGGGCGGAUAUUGCAUCUUUGAAGCCACCCACUACCCUUGAAUACGUAACAGAGAGACGAAUAGAAGAAAAUAAGCACUCAAUGUACUUCGAGUGUGAUUUAUUUUCCGAGAGGUUCGUUGAAUAUUGCUUCACUUAUGUGACACAGGCGAUAUUCGGUGCAGUAGCAGAGAUUCGGGUUGACUGUGUUCCUACGUUGCCUAUAAGUGAUACGGACAGUGGUGGAUGGGGACCAUGGAGUGACUGGACGCCAUGCUCGACUACAUGCAGUGGUGGGAAAAGACAUCGGUAUCGAUUCUGCGACUCGCCACCACCACGCUAUGGAGCCAAAUUUUGUCAGGGAUCUACCGUGGAAACCCAAGAUUGCGGUCUAAAUUUAACAGACUCAUGGGAAUGUCUAUAUGGAUCUACAAAUAUUCAAGUAAUAGAUGCAUCCGGGAACAACUCUGUAAGUUUUGAUGGUGCAGCAGUGGCGAAAUGUCAGUGCGGGUGUUUAUCGCAGUUCUCGUCAGCAAACGAAAUAAAGGUCUUUGCGUCAUCUACGAAAAGCUGCCAGGAUAACAGACUAUUUUGGCUAAUAAAGGCGAAUUCUAGGCAACGAAUUCAAGUGGUUAUGGAUUUUGUCGCCCUAUCAUGCCCAACGCAAUAUAUCAGAAUAAGGGACGGGAAUUCAAUAACAUCUGAACUCAUAGCUGAGUUUAUAGGAAAAACGAAGAAUAAAACACAAGUUAUUAGUUCAACGGGUGCAAUAUUGUUAAUAGAAUUCUUCUCAGAUCCUGAAGCUGCGAAGAGCCCGUUAUGUAAUGGUCGAUUCCUUGCACGUUCUAUUCAGAUAGGGCUUGAAAAUGAUACAGGCUUACAAGGAGCCGGCGCCAUACAUGAUAAUGUGCAACAAAUGGAACAGCUCACUCUAGCUCAUUUAAUAUCCUUUAUUUUUGCGGCUUUCAUCAUAACACUAAGUGUGAUUUUAGGUAUCCACUAUAUAAUCAGAUAUCGAAAGUAUCAGAUGGCUGAAAGCAUAGAGUAUUAUUCACCUGCGCACACACCGCAUAUGUCAAUUAGAUCUCUUCCAAACACCGAAGAUGCCUCACCUCCAUCUCGUGCAAUCUCUACCACAACCCUUAUCUCUGAGGUCGUAUAUCUCGUAAAAUUGCGAAGGAAGACGGACGUAAAGCAUUCAAUCCUCCGAGAAAGCACAAUUUCUGAGAAAUCCCAAAACUUUUCCGACAAAAACUCGCAGGAAAAGCAGCAUACCAAUAGCAUGAACUCAGGAAGUUCUUACAGCACUCAAACGAUAUAUAAGGUCGUUAGUCCGACAAGCAACAAAGCCGAUUCUAGCAGUGUAACUUCGUAUCCUUGUUACGACAGCAAAUCCGCUAAAAUUGAGAACAAAGGGCCGAGCGAUGCAUUUAUGCGGAAACAAUCGUUUCCUUGCGAGAGCAAAGUGAGCUGUGAUGAAAAGGAGAGCUUGAGUGUGCUAGACUCCAGUAAGGACUUAACGGAGUACAAUUCGGAUAUUUCAAUACAAAUGAAGCACAACCAAGCUGACUGUGCGUCAAGUGCGGGCAGCAACAUCACAUUAACAAGCGGGUGCUAUUCAGCCGCAGCCGGAGCUGUAAACACAGCAACUAUUCGAGCAACAAAUCAAAAAGAAUGCAAAGAAAAACAGAAUCUACAGAAGCUUCUCUCACGACCGCAGUCUGAGUUCUCCUUGGGUAAUCCCGAAGAUUUUGAACUUGAUUAUUAUGAUUAUAACGUUUUAAAUGCUGCCACCGUACCAGGCUCCUAUCUGGGCAUGGACCCGGCGUACCUGGUGUGGAUACCUCCGCUUGAAGAAGAAAGCGCAUUCAAUGAAAACCGCGAAACGCCAACGGAAGACAUCCUUCCAAGGCAUGACUUCGUAGACCCAGGUAGCAACAAGGAGUCGCCAUCAUCUCUUAACGAGAUAGCCUUGUCACCCACCCCAUCGCUAGUAGCUACUCAAAAACGUAUCGAAAUCGCGUGCCAUAUAACGAAAAAUCUCUACCAAGGAGUCGUGGGAGACGAGGAGGGAAGCCCAAAGGUUACACCACGUAGGAACUGCAACCUUUUGAAUAAACUUGCAAUUAAACUCAGGAGUGGGGAUGACGAAGAAAGUGAAGAGAAGGAGACGACAGUAACCAAGUCACCGUCGUGUAAGGAUCUUCAUAGUUUUUAUGAUUCCGAAGAUAUACAGUUCGUAGAUGACUGAUUCUAGGCAAUUAUGAGAAAAUGCAAAAUUAUGCUUAAGGAAAUCUUGUUGUAAAUAGAAUUUUCAUUAAAAUUUUACACUAUUUUAAAAAA